AUGGUUAUGAACAUGACACCGGGAUGGAUCACUCCCAUGUGUGACAAUUGUGAUCAACAGUGUCAGGAUGACGAGGAUGAUGUGAUGUUGACACCAGCAGCAAGAAUUGACUCAUUUUUGAUGGCCGCCACCACCCACAACCAUAGAAUUAGAUUAUCCAGCAGCACCAAGUCCAAUGUUCAAUAUCGAAGAGACCAGCAACAGACCACUUCUGACUGUCGAUUCCCGUUAAUCAGUAUGAUAGUUCCCAAGUUUUCCAAGCUCGCUAUACGACCAAGAACCCUUCGACCGGCUCAAUCUUUCUGGGAUUCAGAGAUGGCACCAGCAACCGAUAGAUUGACAUCAGACUCAGGACUAGACUCAGACAAAACGCUCGAUCCGGGAAGAACCCCAAGGCCAGACGCAUCUAGGAUAUUCUUCAUCCCCGAAAUCCUCGAAAUGAUCCUUUUAGAUGCGGAAAUGUACACCAUCCUGAUGUCCACGCGCGUGUGCUCCGCAUGGAAAGAUCUCAUCCAAAUCUCUCCGGAGAUCCGCAGGGCCCUCUUGUUUGCGUCCCGCAUGAUCCAGGCGGGCGUGUCUUUCGACAUCGCGCAAUAUAUAACGCGCCAAUUGGAGAUUGUCGUACCACCAACCUCGGAAGGCCCACCCAACUGGCCCUAUACUUGCUACUGGCGCGACCACUGGCGGACCAUGCUCCUCCAGAACGCUCCGAGUCCGAUGAUUCGCAUCUUUUGCCCUGGUGUCCCCCUUGCUCACGAGAGAGCUUACUGUUCCCUUUACGGCCCACAACGGCCAUACAAAUGUCUUAAUUACUGCCAGAUAGAGAUCUCGUCUGCCCAUGCAUUGCAGCAUUGCCGGGAGCUGGAAGUAGUCAUUGUGCAGGAAUGCCCAGAUCGGGAGGGCAUUCCCAGACCCGUGAAGCUGUAUAUGUGGUUUCAAGUCCUAUCGCAGGGCGACAGCGAAGACUACUUGCUCGAAUACAGAGGUUGGUCUUCACUCCCUGAUUGGUGAAAGGAGAUAUCUCAGAG